GUGUUUUCGAGCUCACUUUCUGAAGUAUCAUCCUGCCUUACGGCCCACGCUCUCUGUCAUGCCGCCGAGACGGCGACAACAGUUCACUCAGGAGAGCAUUGACCAACAGUUACAGCAGAUACACCUGCUAGACCAAGCGUCCUCUUCCGAGAAUCUCGAGCAGCUAGGCCCCAUUAUCAAGCAAAUACACGCAAACAGGCAGCAAGAAGCAUAUCUCCGAACUCUCCAAUCCUUGAUCGAGUCCAAGGAUUCCGAAAUUGAGUCUAUAUGCGGCGACAACUACCAGGAGUUCAUCAGCUCGGUCUCUACACUAUUUUCCAUCAAGUCAUACACCACCAACCUCCGCGAGAAGAUCACUACCCUUGACCAAAGCGUUUCACAGGUUGGAAAGAGCUUGGUGGAGAAGAAGAAGGCGCUUUUGCAGACGAAGAAGACUGCCGCGAACCUGGACGAGGCUAUCGACGGUCUACAAGCAUGCUUACGCAUUCUAGACGUCGUCAAUCGAGUAGGAGAGAUGGUUAAGGAGGGGAAGUACUGGAGUGCAUUGAGGUCUCUUGAAGACAUUGAGAGCAUGCCCCCAACAUCACUGUCCACAACGCCGUUGUUCCAGCAUUUACUUUCUUCAUUACCAUCCUUGCGUGGCCAGAUCAAGGAUGCCGUUACCGCGUCCAUGAAGCAAUGGUUGCUGGACAUCCGAAACGUCAGCGCACAAAUCGGAUCCCUCGCCCUCGAAGCUAUGGAGUCGCGCACGCGUCGAUGGCGGAGUCGUCGGGAGAAGGAUCCAAUGCUCAAAUCUGCUCGCGUCGGAAGUGCCGUCGAGACUAUCACUUACGAAAAGACUGAAUACAAUGUCUUGGAUAACGAUCAGCUACAGGUCGACUUCAAGCCUCUGUACGAAUGCAUACACAUUUACAGCGCCCUCGACUCACUUGACGAGAUCCGACGAUCCUACCAAGCUGAUCGGAAGGCUCAAUCCGAUCUCAUCAUCCCUGAACCGUUACCCCUGUCCUCACUGCCUUCAAUUACAGAAGAGAUUGUCGGAUACUUCAUCAUCGAAACCCAUGUCCUCAACACGACUGGCAGCUUCCGCUCAGAGCGCGAAGUAGAGGACCUGUGGGAUGCUCUCAUUAGCCGGCUGAGCAAGGCUGUUGAGGAUGUGCUGAAAAACGAGACCGACCCAGACACGUACCUCAAAGUCAAAGAGGCCCUCCUAAAAUUCGUCAUGACACUGGAAUCGUAUUCGUACUCUACCGGCAGCAUUCAUCAACUCAUCUUGCGCCUGUUUGAGAAAUAUGUGUCCAUCCUUGAAGUCAAGUUUGGGAGGCGCUUCGAAAGUAUCGUGGCUCAAGACGACUUCCAACCAAUGUAUGUUGAAAAGGACAGUGAGAAAGAUAGCGUCAUGGACACGGUAUGGCUUAUACGAGAACAACGUGAUCAACUCCGGAAGAGCAACGCACCUCUUAACCUUCCCUGGUCUCAAGGCUUCUACCUCUGUUGCCAAGAUAUCCGGAGCUUCGUGCAAAACUUUUACCAAUUCAUCGAGGGCGUUGCCCAACAUCAUCGCAAUAUUGACGACCUCCUGAGCAAAUCGUUGAACACCAUCCUCAUCACAUACAUCAGUCAGUCAAUAGCUAAACGUGCUCAGAGCACGGCGAACGUCUCGCAGAUUGCCCAGAUAAUCACCAAUUUGGAGCACUUCGAGAUCUCUUGUGCAGAGUUAGAGAGAUCACUGACGAACAUCCGUUCAUCGCAACGUGGCGGCACCAUUCGCGUAAAGGCAGCCAGCUCGUUCAUAGAGACGCGCACGAAGGCCAUAGCUCGCAUAACCGAGGCCAUGAGUUCCAAGUUGGAUGAUUUCUUCGGCUUGUCCGAGUACGACUGGACCCCUGCAACUCGCGAAGACGCGCCGAGCAUGUACCUCUACGAGCUUGUCAAUUGGCUAACAACAGUCGUCGACUCGCUCGCCCUCAAGGACACCUACAAAGAAGACGCGUAUCGUGGAGCCGUCGGUUACAUCGCAACUUGCUUCAUGGAAUUCCUCACGGGCCGGGACAUCCCCAAGAUGAACGAGAACGCGAUCGCCAACCUCCUUCUGGACAUUGACUUCCUCGACGAGGAGCUCAAGCGCAACGGCCACUCCCACAGCGCCGCUUUCACCGAAUUGCGCUCAAUGACGUCCGUGGUCAUGUCGGACGCCGUCAGUGCGUACCUCGUCGCAUCGAUCCGACAGACGUCAUACUCUGCGGUGAAACCGAAGCGCUUGGCGGCCCUGCUCGACAAGUUGGCCAGGCAUGGCUUUGAGUGCCGCGAUGCCCCUUCGCGCGAGAGAGGCGAGAAGCGCAGGAAAGAGGCCGAGGCUGUUAGUCGACUUUUCCCAGGGGAGAAUCGCUGAUCAAGUGCUGUAUACAUGUACAAUAUUCCAGACCCAGUGUCUCGCAACGUAUACUUAUUCGCUGUGCAC